AACUUGUUUGCCGUGAUGACUCGUAUCCUGCCUGGUGAUUUUUGUGACAGUGGCUUGUCCAGGGCCUCAGCAAGACUAAAACCGCGGCCUGCCCCAUCAUCAGGACCCAAAAUACUUGUCCAUAAAUCAACAAGUGGAGCGCGAAGACGCAGGACACGAUGUCGCAAAUGCGAAGCUUGCCAACGCUCGGAGUGUGGCGAAUGCCACUUCUGCAAAGACAUGAAGAAGUUUGGAGGUCCUGGCAGAAUGAAGCAGUCCUGUCUCAAGCGGCAAUGUAUUGCACCCGUGCUACCACACACUGCAGUCUGCAAGAUUUGCGGUGAGGCAGGAAAGGAAGACAAUGUGGUGGAUGAAGCAGAGAAAUUUAAUGCUAGCUUAAUGGAAUGCUCCAUCUGCAAUGAAAUAUUACACCCAGGAUGUCUGAAGGUGGAGGAGUCUGAAGGGCUUAUAAAUGAUGAGUUGCCAAAUUGCUGGGAAUGUCCAAAAUGUAACCAGGAAGGAAAAACAGGCAAAAAGAGAGGCCCUGGGUUUAAAUUCGCCUCCAAUCUUCCUGGGUCUCUCUUAAAGGAGUUUAAAGAAGGUGAAGAUGGAGGGAGACGAAAGUCUGAAGACCUUGGACGUCCAAAAGUGGAGGAAUAUCAUCCCAACAGACGGAAAUCUGAUGAUGGUCUAGGACUCAAACGAAGAAAAGAAAAAGAUUUACCAACUGAUUUGGGCCCAAGUAAAAAGCUAAGAGGUGGAAAGGAUGACAAACUUCAAAAGAGAAAGAAACGGAAAACAACUCCAGAUUCUGAAGAAUGCACUAAAGCAAAUCAUGAAAAAUCAGAAGAUGCAGAAAGAAUAGAACGGAUACGACAAAUGAUGAAACGUGUCAACCGAAAUGAAGCAACCAGCUCUAGCUCUAGUUCUGAUUCUGACUCCAAUUCAAGUUCUGGAUCAGAAUCCAGCUUGGAGAGAUCAACAGGAAGUAGUGAUGGAUCUAGUCCAAGGUCAAAUGCAAAGGCUGAUAACCAAAGGUCCAAGCUCAGAAGGCUUUCUAAUGAUAUUUUCAGUGAGGAAGAUGAUGAAGAGGAGGAAGAUGAUGUAGAAAAUGCGAAAAGUGUAAAAACAAAUUCGCUUUUGGCCUCCAAGGAUAGAGAAAAUAACUAUUAUUCCCUGAGAGGGGAGAAUAUGAAAAAAAACUCCUUUAGGACAGUGGAGGUUUCACUGCAGAAGAAAAAUGGACCAUCCAGUCAGCUUUGCCACAAAGUUCUAGGAGGUUUGCCUCGUCCUCAGAUACUAAGCAAACUGUCUGUGCAGUCUCCUCCUAAGCCAUUUCAAAUGGAGCGGCAUGUGGUGCGACCUCCACCCGAUAGUCCUGAGCCUGAUUCUCUACCAUUGGCUGGUGGCUCAAAACAUGUGAUGCAACGGGAAGUGUGGCUGGCAAUAUUCAGGUACCUCAGCCAUAAGGAUCUGUGCAUCUGUAUGAGAGUGUGCAAGACCUGGAGCAAAUGGUGUUGUGACAAGCGGUUGUGGACUACAAUUAACCUGAGUGGCUGCAAAUCAAUCACUCCAACUAUGCUGAGUGGGAUCAUCAGGAGACAGCCCAUCGUACUGAACCUUAGCUGGACAAACAUAUCCAAAAAGCAACUCAGUUGGCUAAUAAACAAAUUACAGAUUGAAUACAAUAAUGCCGUUGAAGACCCCAUGUUAUUGAACUUGUUGUGGCCUUGGCAAAGCUGUUCCAGUACAGCUACAACUCUGGCAUUGACCCGGCAAUGUGGAAAAUUUUCCCAGGUGUGUUCCGUCCAUAAAAAGCAGGACAAAUUCAACUCUGCCAACUACUGCCUCAUCAGUCUAGUCUCGGUCAUCAGCAAAAUGAUGGAAGGGGUCGUCAGUAAUACUAUCGACCAGCACACGUACAGCAAGAACCUGCUGAGUAAUGCUCAAUUUCGUUCCACCAGGGCCACUUGA